CCCGACCCCGCCUCCCUCGACCCCGCGCCGCCGCGCCACCUCGCCUCCGCCCCGCUGCGCCACCUCGCCUCCGCCCCGCUGAGCCACCUCGCCUCCGCCCGCCGGUGCGCGCCGCCACCUCACCGGACCCCAGGAGCCCCGCCACCUCGCGCUGCCGCCUGCGUCGCGUCGCGCGUCGCCACCUCCCACAAGCUCGCCGCCUCGCCGCGGAAGCCUCGUCGCCGGUCGCCCCGACCUCGAGAUCCGCCGCUGCCAUGGGAGCCGAGCACCGAGCUCCUCUGCUCCCCGCCCGCGUCCCCGCUUCGCCGCCGCCGCCCCGGGAGGUUCGGCCACUCCGGAUCCGGCCUCCUCCUCGCCGCACGGGCCUCCUCCUCGCCGGAGUGACGCCCCUCGCCGGAGCAGCGCCGGCCAAGCCCAUGCUCGCCCCGGAUUCUGCACCGCUGCUGCGACCGCCGCCGCCGACUGCGUUCCGAGUUGGGGCACCCACGAAAGCGGCGCCGCUGCUGCUAGUGUUUCAGCAGUUUCUUUGAUUUUGAGCGACCCUGUGCUGCUUCUGUUUACCAGGAAGGUUUGAAGGCUAAGGUGAAGAGCGAUUUGAGUAAGGAGGUACAUCCCGGGAGGGGCGCACAAAACUCCCUGAGAAAAGAGAUUCUUCAACUAGAAAAGCACCACAAGGAUCAACGAGUGGUGCUAGUGUUCACGCUGCUUCGGUUCACCCUUUGGAAUUUCUCCUCGACGGAUGGAGUAGUGCACAUGUUGAUGAUGCUCACGAAAAACCUUCCUGGAGUAGUGCAUAUGUCCAACUAAAAAUGGAAGAGGAAGAAGGGGACCAUGAGGCAUACUAAAGUGGUGGUUCAUCGUUGAUAUCCGGUGCGACAAUGAGAAGGGCUCAACCACCCCCAGGGGUGUCUCCUUCGAUAGACAUCUGUAGAGCUUAUCAUGCAGGACGUUCACAAGACACUCAUAUGGUUGAUUUUGAAGAAGAUGAGGCUGAUGAAGAAGAUGUUGACUAUGAAGAAGAAGAGGAAGGAGAAGAAGAUCAGGAUGAUGAUGAUGAUGAAGAAGAUGAUGAUGAUGAAGAAGAAGAGGGAGAUAAUGUGGAUGAAGAGGGAGAGGUUGAGAUCAUUGACAUGGGAUCGUUUUCUGAACCGGGAAGAAAGUUUUUGUCGAAAGUGUGGAAGGAAUAUGAGCCUAUCCGUGUUGAUGGCAUUGUUGUAGCUGCUGAGUGCAAACACUGUGCAAGGAAUAUUUGUGCUGAGCGUAAACAUGGAACAAGUUCAUUGCGCAAACAUUUGAAGAGAUGCAGGGAAAGGAAGAAGGUUCUUAGAGUUUCUGGACCGCUGAGUGCUUCUAUCGUGAGUCCUGAUGGAGUUGCAAUGGGGCUUUGGACCUUUAAUCAGGCAUUAGCACGCCGAGAGCUGAUGAGGAUGAUAGUGUUGCAUGAAUUGGCAUUCUCAUUGGUGGAGUAUGAUGGAUUUAGAAGAUUUGUCUCUAGUCUAAAUCCUAGCUUCAAGAUGAUAUGCAGAAAAACUGUGAAGGAGGACUGCAUGAAAGCAUUUAAGGAAGAGAAGAGAAUUUUGCAAAGGAUGUUUCAAAACUCCAAAUCCAAGAUUUCUUUGACUACGGACCUAUGGACAUCAAAUCAGACAUUGGGGUACAUUUGCAUCACAGUUCACUUCAUUGAUGAGGAGUGGAAGCAACAGAAGAGGAUAGUGAAAUUUGCAGCUAUGGAGACGCCGCACACAGGAGCUGCAAUGUUCAAUGUCAUGGUGAAUUUCAUAAGAAAGUGGAACAUUGAAGAUAAUCUCUUUGCUGUGACGCUAGACAAUGCAUCGAACAAUGGUGCAAUGAUGAAGCUAUUGAAGGCACAUCUCCUGCUUAAGAAGAUGUUACCUGGUGGUGGCAAGUUGUUUCACCAACGUUGUGCCGCCCAUAUCAUAAAUCUGAUAUGUCAAGCAGGAUUGAACUUCCUUGGUCCAGUGAUCAACAUGAUACGUGAAACUGUGAAAUAUAUUCGAAGCUCACCAAGUCGAAAGGAAAAAUUUCAAGAAAUUGUUGAGCAACAUGGUGUAUCAUGUGGGAGAACUCCAAGUCUUGAUGUUCCAACUCGCUGGAACUCAACCUACAUGAUGAUUGAUAUAGCAAAAGAGUAUCGUGGAGUGUUUGACUCUUUGGCCAUUCAAGAUAAACAAUAUACCUUCAAGCCAUCUUUUGAGGAUUGGGAAAAUGCUGAAGAUGUUUGCAGGCUACUGAAGGUAUUUUAUGAAGCCACUAAUGUGAUAUCCGGCACAAAAUAUCCAACUGCUAACUUGUAUUUCCAUGAAAUGUGGAAAGUGAAGCUGACCUUAGAGCAACAACAUUAUGAAGAGGAUUCUAAGAUGGGCACAAUGGUCAAAUAUAUGAAUAGAAAAUUUAGAAGGUAUUGGAAGAUGACAUGGUUGAGCCUUUGUAUUCCAGUGAUUUUGGACCCACAAUUCAAGUUGAAAUAUAUUGAGUUCCGAUUUGGCCUAGAGUUUGGGAACGAAGCUUCAGCAAUGAUUGCUAAAAUAAAAAAUGUGUUCCAAGGAUUGUUCAAGGAAUACCUCCAAUUGAAUGACAAUGGUUCAGAUCCCAUGUCACAAGGAGGUGAUGAUGACAUGGCUGCAAGUGGUGAAGAUCCUAUGGCUGAUUGGGACCAACAUGUCACCCUCACUGCUCGAUCAACAAAUUUGGAUUCUACCGAACUUGAUUCGUACUUGUCAAAGGUACCCAUCCGUCGAAGUGAUCAAUUCAAUAUCCUUACAUGGUGGCAGACGAACUCCGGUGAAUACCCAACGCUGAGUCGCAUGGCAGCUGAUAUCUUGGCGGCUCCUUCCUCUGCGGUGGCAUCCGAGUCCGCCUUCAGCACAGGGAAGAGAGUCCUAUCAGAUUUUCGAAGUCGAAUGACCGCAACGACACUUGAAGCUCUUGUUUGUUUACAAGAUUGGAUAAGGGCCAACGCUAAUACUCAACGUAGCUUGGCUUCAGUUCAUGAUAUUAUAAUGGACUUACAAGAUAUCGAGGACUGAUGCUUGUUGGAGCAAUUGAUGUUAAAGCUCAAGCAGAUGGUGAAGCAAAGAUAUGUCAGCUUUCUCUAUAACCUACUGGAUGUGAAAAGAUUAGCAUGUUGAACUUGUAAUAUUUUGAUCUUGUAUGAGUCUGUUGGAUUGAGGUCAUUAGCUUGACGUUCUUUGAAACUUGUAAUCUUUUGGUCUUGUUCGAAUUUGUUGGAUUGAGGUCUUUUGCUUGAUGCUCUUUGAAACAUGUAAUCUCAUGAUCUUGCCAUUUUAGAAACAUUUGCUAAAUUCUGGGUCGGCCUCAUGUACCCAAUGGGUCAAUGGGGCCACAAAAUUCUGAUGAAAUGGGCUGGCCCGUGGCCUCACAUUUUGACCUUGGGGCCACGGGGCCGGGGCCGGGGCCAGGGCCGGGUCGGCCCAUUCCCAUUCUGAAUGCUCCACUUCAUGGCGAGAAAACAUUUUGGCGCCGUUAUCGGAUGAGCCGAAAGCUCUUCCUCAGGAUUGUGAAUUUCAUCCGGAAGUUCGACAACUACUUCAAGUGCAAGAUGGAUUGCACUGGCGCUCUUGGAUUCACCUUCAUCCAGAAGUGCAUGACACGAUGAGGAU